UAAGCAGCAGUAUUGACGGUGACAGUCGGAGUCCCUGCGCCGCUAAUGUUACCAGUCGGACACAAGGAGAGACAGGCAGCUACACAAAUAUCCACAGUACGAACAACAGGAGUCGACCGAACAGUGAAACAAAGCCGUUUUGUUCCGAGAGGAAGGCCUGCGUUGCCUUUUACCGUCGUGACGAAUUGGGGGAAACGAGUGGAAACGCCGUUCACGAGAGGUGGACAGCGCACUGCUUAAGGACCGUGGUAACCCACCGCCAUGCCGUUCCCUUUUGGCAAGUCCCACAAGUCGCCCACAGACAUUGUCAAGAACCUCAAGGACAACAUGACGGUGCUUGAAAAGCAUGACAUCUCUGAUAAAAAGGCUGAGAAGGCCACAGAAGAAGUAUCAAAGAGCCUGGUGGCCAUGAAGGAAAUCCUUUAUGGAACGAACGAGAAAGAGCCCCAGACUGAAGCAGUGGCCCAGCUAGCCCAGGAGCUCUACAACAGUGGCUUGCUUAGCACACUGAUUGCAGACUUGCAGCUCAUCGACUUUGAGGGCAAGAAAGAUGUAGCUCAGAUCUUCAACAACAUCCUGAGGCGUCAGAUUGGCACUCGGACACCAACGGUGGAGUACCUCUGCACCCAGCAGAAUAUACUCUUCAUGUUACUUAAAGGGUACGAGUCCCCAGAGAUCGCCCUCAAUUGUGGAAUAAUGUUGAGGGAGUGCAUCCGACAUGAACCUUUGGCAAAAAUUACACUGUCGUCAGAGCAGUUUUACGACUUCUUCAGAUAUGUGGAGAUGUCUACGUUUGACAUUGCCUCAGAUGCAUUCGCCACUUUCAAAGACCUCCUCACAAGACACAAGCUACUGAGUGCAGAGUUUCUGGAGCAACAUUACGAAAGAUUCUUUAGUGAAUAUGAGAAGUUGCUCCACUCUGAAAACUAUGUGACAAAAAGGCAGUCUCUAAAGUUACUGGGCGAGUUGCUCCUUGACCGACACAACUUCACCAUCAUGACAAAGUACAUCAGCAAGCCAGAAAAUCUCAAGCUCAUGAUGAAUUUGCUACGUGACAAGAGCCGCAACAUCCAGUUUGAGGCUUUUCAUGUUUUUAAGGUGUUUGUGGCCAACCCCAACAAGACGCAGCCCAUCCUCGACAUCCUACUGAAGAAUCAGAGCAAACUCAUCGAGUUCCUCAGCAAGUUCCAGAACGACAGAACAGAGGACGAACAGUUCAACGAUGAAAAGACUUACCUGGUCAAACAGAUUAGGGACCUCAAGAGGCCCGCCACCCAGGAGGCUUGACAGGUGGCGGCCAAGCGAGGAGGGCGGAGCCAACCAUUUCUUGACAGCCUAAUGGCCUAACGCCUGCUUAACAGACCCAUCAGUUGCUGCUCUUCUGGUUUCUGAGCAAAGAAUUCAGGAAAAAAACAAAACAAAGAAAAUCCCUAUACCAUUUCAAGUUGUCGGGGGGUUGCCAGAACAUCUGUGAUUUUCUUUCGUUUUAGUGCGUUUGUUGAGAAGAAAACAAUAGAUGCUGCUGCUUUCAUGCACCUUCGACUACGUACGGUCCAUUGAUAACACAAUAGUCCAUCCUAAAUAAAUCCACUUAUAAGGCAGGCUCACAGGAGGUAAACAUAUCAACGCACAUAAGAACAUGCUCGCAACCCUUGGAUGAUUUCAGAACGGUACGAGCGGCGCGGGCGUGUUUUGCUGCAUGCCUGGGAAAAAGGGCGACUGACUGGCGUCCGCACCUGAUAGC